AUGAAGUUGGGUAUCAUACCUUACCAGGAGAGUACCGAUAUUGUUUACAAAAAAGUUUUUCAAGAUCAGCAAGAACAGAAGAGACCUAAUCUACCACAAUUAGAAAUAACGCACCAAAUCAAGUCAUCCGUCCAGGGUACGAAUUAUGAGUUUGUACGCACAGAGGAUAUUCCAUUGAACCGAAGACACUUCGUGUACAGACCGUGUUCUGCAAAUCCCUUUUUCACCACUUUAGGGUAUGGCUGUACAGAAUACCCGUUUGACCACUCUGGGAUGAGCGUUAUGGACAGAUCGGAAGGAUUAUCCAUUAGUCGAGAUAGGAACGAUCUGAUAAGUGUCCCAGACCAAUACGGUUGGAGGACUGCAAGAAGCGAUGUAUGCAUCAAAGAAGGGAUGACAUAUUGGGAAGUGGAGGUAAUUCGUGGAGGAAACGAGAAAUCUGCACCGGGUGUUGAUAAUAAGGAAAAUGCAGAUGAUUUAGUAGACGAAGUACAAAGCGGUAUAUAUGAAAAAAUGCACAAGCAAGCGAAUGACACCCCACAUCUACGGUUUGGAGUUUGCAGGAGAGAGGCUAGUUUAGAGGCACCCGUAGGAUUUGAUGCGUACGGGUAUGGUGUUAGAGAUAUUUCGUUAGAAUCUAUUCACGAAGGAAAAUUAAAUUGCGUCCUGGAAAAUGGCUCGCCAUUGAAAGAAGGUGACAAGAUUGGAUUUCUACUGAAGCUUCCUAGUAUUCCUACACAAAUCAAACAAGCUAAGGAGUUUACUAAGAGAAGAAUCCUUGCAUUGAACUCUCAUAUGGAUAUGAUGAAUGAGCCAUGGAGAGAGGAUGCUGAGAAUGGUCCUUCAAGGAAAAAAUUAAAACAGGAGACAACAAACAAGGAAUUUCAAAGGGCAUUAUUAGAAGAUAUUGAAUACAAUGAUGUUGUCCGCGACCAAAUCGCCAUCAGAUACAAGAACCAGUUGUUCUUUGAGGCAACAGACUAUGUGAAAACAACGAAACCAGAAUAUUAUUCCUCUGAUAAAAGAGAAAGGCAGGAUUACUACCGAUUGGAGGACUCAUUUCUUGCUAUAUUCCAAAACGGUAAGUACCUAGGCAAGGCAUUUGAGAAUUUAAAACCGUUUUUACCACCAUUCAGUGAAUUACAAUAUAAUGAAAAGUUCUAUCUUGGAUAUUGGCAACAUGGUGAAGCUCGUGAUGAGUCCAAUGACAAAAGCAUAACCAGUGCGAGAAAGAGAAGACAGCAACAAAAGAAAAAGAAGGGGUUAAUACUUAGAAACAAGUACGUGAAUAAUAGCAAAUUGGGUUACUAUCCAACAAUUAGUUGUUUUAACGGAGGAACAGCCAGGAUAAUUAGUGAAGCAGAUAAGAUGGAGUAUCUCGAUCAAAUUCAAUCAGGUUACUGUGUUGAAGGGUGUUCAAAAGUUAACACACUAGAUACAUUGUACAAAGAACAGAUAGGGGAAGACAUAGUCUGGGACAUAAUCGAUGAAUUGGAACAAAUCGCCUUACAGCAAUAA